CGGUGACGGCGACGAGGACAACAACAACAACGGUGGCGUUAGCAGCAACGACGAAGACGUCCAUCAACACCACCACCACCACCAUCACGACGUCGUGGAGAAAGAGGAGGAGGCGGAGGAAGAGGCGAGGAACAGCAGCGGCGGCGGCGGCGGCGACGGUUAGCAGGCGCCGAGCGAUAGGCCCGUGGAUAAAAUGGCGACGACGCGGUGCGAUCGGCGGCGUCGAGCCGUGCGACGCUCGACCGCGUCCUGAGUGCCAGUGGGAAGAGCAACGAAUCGCGAGGGCCAGUGCUACGGGGACCUGGGGCCCCCGCGGGCCGAUGUCAUGGGCUUCUGCAGCAAGAGGCACUUCCUUCUGACGAUAUGCACCCUGCAGCUCAUAACAACAAUAGAGCGUCAAGUAUUUGAUUUCCUUGGCUUUAUGUGGGUGCCAAUACUGGUCAACUUUUUUAAUACAAUCUUUGUUAUUCUUGGAUUUUUUGGAGCAUUUCAGUAUCGUCCUAAAUACAUCAUAUCAUACUGCGUGUGGAACGUGCUGUGGCUGGGCUGGAACAUAUUUUUGACGUGCUUCUAUCUCAGCGCCGGUGUCUUGGAUAAGAACAGCGACCUAUUAAAUUUAGGCACUGGUAGCUUUUCUUGGUGGCAAAUAAAUGGACCAGGAUGUAAACCACAUCGCAACAAUACCGUGCCAGAUCCACCAGAUGUUUAUCGGCCCGAUCGAGUUACCGGCUGCGUCUUAGAUUAUGAAAUUAUCGAAGCUUUGCAUUCGUCGACCCAAUGUCUGCUGGCGGUCAUGUCGGUCAUCGGUGGAAUUUGUCUGAGCAGAGUAUUCUUAGAAGAGGACGACAGCUCACAAAUUAGGAAGAAGAAAAAGAAGCAGCCGCGACCGCUGUACAGUAUCGAGUACUCACAGCCAGAACCGCCGGUUGUCCAGGACGACAGCGUAUCCCCGAAGCCGAUGACGCCACGGAGGGUGAAGCGACGCUCUGUGAUAUCGCGGGACGGGACGCGACGCUCGAGUCGGCGAAGUUCCGUGAGGCAAUCCAGACGCAAAAACCCAGUGAACCGGAUCAUCGAGCACCAGGAGAGCCUCUACGCGAACACGCCCCCGUCUCUCGGUAGCCUCACCAAUCAAACCAUUAGCUCGCUCUCGCACGGCAACCUUAACUAUGACAGGAUAUCCGGCCACUGGGAGCGCGAGAGGACUAUCGGCACUCCGACUUGGCAAUCCGACGCAAUGAAUAUGGCUGCCUCGUCGCCGAAUAUCUGGAGUCCUGACAACACCACCACCUACACGGCGAUGGCGUCGAGUCUCGCAGCUUCUAACUGGGAGAGCGCGAGCUCGACCCGAAACCUCACGGACAACUGGCAGGGCGCGGCUAUCGGUGUAGAGGUCCCGAGCCAGAGGCAAUGGCAGGGUCAGAGUAACCCGACCUUCCAACAGACGAGCAUCCAGAGUCUUAACGGAGAGGAUCUGGAUGAGCUCUACGGGAACAGGCCCGCGAGUGCGAGAUCCAGCUACAGCAAUUACCACGGGGUGCGGGCAACCCCACAAGUGCCCAAUAGGACGGACAUCGUCAGGCAGAGCCAGAGGCAGUUCGUCCUCAGCGGACCACCGGCAUAUCAGGACACUGUGAUUUAAAGAUGGAAGACCGUUGUCAUCGGUACCUUCUGCAUUCGUAUUUCCGCUCACUGCUUGCCAACCUCGAGCGAUCACCACUGCGAAAUAGCAAUUCAUUAUGCUAUUUUAACGAGGCUUUGAAUUUUUAUAGUGGAAAAUCUAGCGCCCCAUGCCAAAUCCACCACUUAUUUUACGUUAGUCGUAAGGAUCCAACAGUUGUAUAUAAUUGUGUUUAUCCAUGUUGGUGUAAGUUUUCGUUUAAUUUACUCGUAAGCGACUUUUCGUUUAAUAUUGGCAAUAUGUACCUCAAAACUAAAUCUCAAAGCCUCGGAAAAAUGAUACAUUGACCAAUGAUUCCAAUACAUUCAAUAUAGUAUGUAUUAAUCUGCGGUGAAAGUCUAUGUUAGAAUCAAAAAGUGUAUAAAUGAGAAAAAAUCGUUUAAGGCAUUAAUUGCAAAUCGAUCGUGCAUGUGAAUGACAAAAAUAUUCGCACAUAAUUAUGAAUCUGCAUUUAUCGACUGUAUUUUUA